AUGGAUAGCUACUUUAAAUGGUACAACAUUUCUGAAGCUAGGAAAGUCAGGUUCGCUGAAAUGAAGCUCACUGGUCGAGCCAACCUGUACUGGACCAACUUGGAAAACAUGCGUGAAUCUCGAGGUGAACACCCUAUAAACGAUUGGAGAACCAUGAAACAAGAACUUAGGAGAAAAUACCUACCGCCAUCGUACUAUCCUAAACUCCUAGACAAGUGGAAUAGACUUACCCAAGGAAGCAAGCCUGUUAAGGACUACAUCUCUGCCUUCGAAGACUUCCUGAUUCGUUGCAACGGCGAGGAGUCCGCCACCCCAACUCAAAUCCUAUCCAUGUUUAGAGCUGGCCUUAGGGAAGAUCUGCGAACUGAACUCUUCGCUAGUGGAAUUGACACUUUAAAAGCAGCGUGCAGCCUAGUACUUGACCUAGAGGAGUCCAAAACCCACUCCCACACUAAACAGUUUGACUCUCGACCUAACCCAUAUCAUACUUCCACCAGCCAGCCCCAACACAGACCCACGAACUCGAUAGGUAGUCGACCCACUGCUAGCACAGCCCCACCUCGUCCGGACUCUAAAGGUAAAGCCCCCGAACGCGACGCGCCCAAAGCCAAUUCCAGAACCAAAUGUUAUAGGUGUCAUGGGUACGGACACAUUGCUUCACAAUGUUCCAGUCCCUAUAAGGUUACCAUCAUAGAAGAGGUUGACGACGACGAGGAAGAGCCUGAUACUGACUUAAUUCAUCAUGUUGACGAAGAAGAGGAAUUUUUCACUGAGGAUGAACCUGUCACCCUGCAAGUCGUUAGAUGCGCUUUAUCCCAACCAAAACCAAGUGAUGAUCGGAGAAGAACGUCCAUCUUCCAUACCUUUACUAGAAUUGGAGAUAAGAACUGUAAGGUUAUUAUCGAUAGUGGAAGCUGCAUCAACGCUGUCUCCUCAGCAAUGAUCUCUAAGCUUAACAUUAAAUCUACACCUCACCCAAAUCCGUAUAAGGUUGCCUGGAUUAACUCAACCUCUAUGGAAAUAAAAGAUAGGAGCCUUAUCCCGCUUGAAUUUAAUAAAUAUCAAGAGAAGAUUUGGUGUGAUGUACUAACGAUGGAUGUGGGCCAAAUUAUUCUUGGUCGCCCCUGGCUUUUUGACAACGACGUUCAUAUUUAUGGGAGGACGAACACCUACGUGUUUGAAUACAACGGAAAGAAGAUUAAACUGAUUCCCUCUCAGCCCAAAUCCGACAAGGGUGAACUUAAAACUGCUCCACCUAAAACCAAUAAGGGCCUACACCUUGUGACGGCGAAAGAACUGGAUAUAGAAUUUAACCAAGGAUCCCCUAUGUAUGCCCUAGUGGCUAGGGAAGUUAAUGAGAAUCAAGGGGAGCCUGUCCUUGAAGAGGUUAAGCCUCUUUUAGAAGCUUUCGCUGAUGUCUUUCCGGAAGAUUUACCCGACCAACUCCCACCCCUUAGAGAUAUCCAACAUGCGAUUGACCUAGUGCCUGGAGCUUCCCUACCAAACCUCCCUCACUACCGGAUGAACCCAACGGAGCACACAGAACUGAAAAGGCAAGUAGAUGAACUCCUGCAACGCAGAUUUAUCAAAGAGAGCCUUAGCCCGUGUGCAGUCCUUGCCCUCUUAACUCCAAAGAAGGACGAUUCUUGGAGGAUGUGUGUUGAUAGCCGUGCUAUCAACAAGAUUAUUGUGAAAUAUCGAUUCCCGAUCCCGCGACUAGACGACAUGUUAGACAUGAUGACUGGAGCAACCCUGUUCUCUAAAGUUGAUCUGCGGAUACCAUCAGAUCAGAAUUCGCCGGGGUGA